CAAUUGAACCAAUGAGAGCUAAUGACUAUGACAUAGUUGGGUCGGGUUUAUCAAACCAAAAUUUUGGUUGAUCCGGCCCGCUCAAUAAAUUCAAAGAACAUCUAUUCACCCUACCUACAACUUUCGCGACAAAAGGAAUAGUACUUUGCUCCUGUCUAAGCCGGAACGACAAACCCAAACCGCUCCCGAAACCAACUGCGGCGGUCGCUAAACGUAUUGCCCAACAUGUUCGCGCUCUCCGAAGAAUCUAAGGAGCGCAUCGGAAAGAUAAUUGAAAUCGGAAGAGUUGCGAUGCACUAUGGUUACCUACCUCUAAUACUCUACCUCGGCUACACACGUAGCGACCCUCGGCCUUCGGUCAUCCGCCUACUGUCUCCCCUUUCAUGAUGCACCUACCCGAGUUACGAACACGUAUGUACUACCAUCAGUAAGCUACAGCUGUAGCUACUGGCAAAAUCGGCAUAUGCCCUGAGGGGCUUGAGGAUCAGACAUAGGGAAUGUCAUUCAUAUAUGAGCCGGUAUGCCUAACUUGGGCCACGCCGCUUGGUGGCGGCUAUGUAUAAUAUAAUGAAUAAAACCUUCAUCCCACUCGACGAACAAGUCAGACAUGCUUGGAUUGCAAGACUCGUGGAUUUGAUAGGAAACUAUAUUCAUUGAGUCGUCCUGGGCUGCUAUCUAGUUAUAAUUUUAUGGAAUCGCAUGAUUUUCAUAGUAGUAACAGUCACGGCGGCCCGUCUAAAGAUGC